AUGACGAAGAUAUCGAAUCUUCCAGGGGAUUUGUUGGAGGAGAUUCUCUCUAGGGUUCCAGUGCAGUCUAUGAAACAAGUACGAUUUACUUGCAAAACGUGGAACACUUUAUCCAAAGAUGGGAGCUUUAAAAAGAAGCACCUUGUUCAAGCAAAAGCAAAAGCAGCAGCAGCAAGGGAGAUCCUGGCGGUCAUGGUGAUUGAUUUUAAUAUUUGUUUAAUGAGCAUCAAUCUCCAUGGAGUUCACAAGGAAGAAGACGUUGAAUCCUCUAUAAAGUGUAAAGGUAAACUUAUUAAACCAAUCGUCGUGUCUCAUGUCUAUCAUUGCGGCGGUUUAUUGCUAUGCCUCACAGAAGGUAGGAUUAGGCAGCCUAUGGUUUUGAAUCCGUAUUCGGGGCAAACUCGGAGGAUUUUUGCCAGAAAUCUUCGUCCCGCGUACGCUAUUGGAUACGAGACGAGAAAUUCGUACUACAAAAUUCUGACUUUUUUACAAACAUUAUAUGGUAAGCGUGUUAGGUACGAAAUCUUUGAGUUGGACUGUGAAGGUUCAUGGAGGGUUCUUGAUAUCAAUUCCGAAUGCCAAAACCGCAUUGGUGGAAGUGUCUCUGUGAAAGGAAAUACCUAUUGGUAUGCUUAUCCAAAAGGAGAGAUGGGUGAAUCUUUGAUCUGUUUUGAUUUUACAAGAGAGAUAUUUAGACCUAAUCUGCCUCUGCCUAGCCACUCCAAUGAUCAUGGACAUUAUACCGUGCGUCUCUCUAGUGUUGGAGAAGAGAAACUCGCCGUGUUAUUUCAGCGCGAGGAUAUAUCAAGGAUGGAGAUAUGGAUUACUGAUAAGAUUGAGCCCAAUGAUGUUUCUUGGAGGAUGUUGCUCGUUUCAGUGAACACGGGACCACUCAGUCGUGCUCAGUUUAAACCUAGAGAUGGGGGUUUCUUCGUCGACGAGGAGAAGAAAGCUGCAGUGUUUUUUUAUAAAGAUACAAGUCGCAACAAAGCUUGCAUCAUUGGAGAGGAUGGAUACUUGAGAGAAGUCGAUCUCGGGAAAUCUACUGAAGAUUAUUGUUCUCCAUUUGGGUGCUCUUAUGUUCCAAGUUUAGCGUAA